AUGGCACCUUCAACUGCUGCUGCGGUGCCCGAACCGGAAACCGAGAUUCCCCGUCUUCCUAUGCCCUCGAGAAAUCCUCUACCAUUAUCAUCCUCCCAGGAAGCGCAAGUUCGAGAACUAUACCAUGCGAGAGUGAGAGGUUAUUGUGCUGCCGAAAUUAAGGGUAGGGCUUGGUGUGGUGCUACUUUGGAUUCAUUUUCUAACAUUCAACCAGUAUUCGCAGAUUGCGCUCUUGGGCGCACUUUUACAGCACCAUUCAAAUGUCGCGCACAGAACAGACUUAUGAAUGCCUGCAUGGUUCAACAUGCCAACCAAACCGAACAAGACGCCGCACGAGAAGAAUGGUUUGCAACAAGGUUAAAGCGUCAACGAGACCGCGAGAAGAGAGAGGAACGACGAAAGGAGCAGGAGAAGUUUCAUAGAGAAUGGUGGGGUCUACCAAUCGAGGAUCGAGAAGGCGAGAAGGGUAAUGAAGUUCUGCGGCGAGCAGAACGAGUGGGAGGGUUUCCUAAGAGAGAUGAUAAAGAAGGAACACUUAGCAAGGAUCGACAUCGGUGA